CUCACAGUUCGAGAGUGUCAUUAUUGUCCCAGAGGAGAGCGUGCAUGAAGAGGACGACAGCAGCUCGGCAGACGUUAUUGGGGCUGGACAUGUAAAAUCCCUGGAUAAGGUGUCUUUUUAACUUCCCCAGUUGGGUGGCUCCAUCAGGCUCCACACCCAGUGACUGCCAGACACCGAGGAUUAAACAGAGGUCACCUACACCAUGAACCUCGAACCCGCCAAAGCGGAUAUCAAAUCAGCCACCCGAGUAACAGGGGGCCCUGCCACCCCCAGGAAAGGACCCCCAAAAUUCAAACAACGGCAAACUAGGCAGUUCAAAAGCAAACCUCCAAAGAAAGGUGUACAAGGGUUUGGAGAUGAUAUACCCGGCAUGGAGGGUCUAGGAACAGACAUCACCGUUAUCUGCCCCUGGGAAGCCUUCAACCACUUGGAGCUGCACGAGCUGGCCCAGUAUGGCAUUAUCUAGAGAAUCCCCGGUUCUGUCCUUACCCACGCCUGUUUCUUGGUUCUAUAAAUACAAGGAGAUGUAGUGUGUGUAAGGCUCCGCGCAAGUCAAAAGCAACCAACUCUGUUGUUCUUCUUCUGAAGUCCAUGGGGGUCCCCUGCUCUGGUCCAGACAGAUCAACUACACACAUCUCAGCUGUCUCACCAACAUACACACUCCUGUGACGCAGGCCUGCGGGCCCCUCUAGCUAAUAGAUGAUUAAAGGAACCCUUAAGUGUCAAUAACACAAACUUGUAUUCCUGACACUAUAGUGUUACAUUAACUAUGUAGGUUCCGGCCCCGCAUAGAAAAGGUCCAUUUACUCACCCUUUCUCUCACAGUGUACCGGUCUCGCUGCGACUGGCUCCGCCUUCAUGGCUGAGAUCAUAAUCCAGUAGUGGUUCUGCUGACCAUAGUGUCCCACUGUCCCUUUAUUGUUUAAAUCCCUUGCUCUGGUCCAGACAGAUUGAAUGCACUCCAUCCCUAGGGGCACCCGCUCAACUUUUGGAGUCAUGCGACCAUACUGUUUACUAUACUUACAAUCUUUUUACUCACUUUUAGUGACCUGCUCGUUACACUUUCCGCAAUUGUCUAGGGAAGUUCUAAAACCAUCAUCUUCCUAUACAUCGUCUCCCCAACUGUCCUUCUCUCCUCCUACGAGGGUCAUUAGAAGUGUCAACAAAUGAUUCAACCUGGGAUUAGCUUAAAAUGUGCGUUUCGUUAGAGUUAGUGAAUAAACAAGUAGCUGGGCAAUGAGGUUUUAAACAAUCUAUACUUUAUAUCCCCUAUUCACUACUUGCCCAUUGCUGUAUAAGUUCUCUGCUCCCCGUUCCCACCCAAAUUUUAAUCCUUGUACAUAUUCCCAUGUGUCCGUGCGCCUCCUCCCCCUCCCAGAUUAUAAAUCACCUGUAAUCUGCAUCUAAUCCUUGCUGCACGACUGUUUUAUAAGAUAUAAUAUCACGUGUUGGUUAAAUCCUGCAGAUAAGAAACACUGCUGAUAAAUAAAAACACUGUGGUACAAACCGUCUACAAUCCUUUCCGUUUUACAUUUGCUCCGUAUGAUGUGAAUUGAGCAAGGCUGGGUAUUAAGAAAGUGAUAUUUCACGGGAAGGGCAGUACAAAUAGUGUUACAUUGUAUAACGCAGGCUUCCCCAAACUCCGGCCCUUCAGAUGUUGCCGAGCUACAACUCCCAUCAUUCUCAGCCUUUCAUUCAUAGAAUCAUGGGAGUUGUAGUUCAGCAACAUCUGGAGGGCCGGCGUUUGGGGAAGCCUGGUAUAACGGAAUAGAAACGGCUGUAUGUUCUUGGCCCAGUCACGUCAGCUGCAGGGGAUAGGAUGAUGUACCGAAGGAUAAGUCUCAGGCCCUG